AUGGGAUUCCUCUACAGCCAGCUGUUCAAGCAACUUCCAUACCCCACCGGCUCGUACAAUGGCAAAACCAUCGUCAUCACCGGCAGCAAUGUAGGGCUUGGUAAAGAAGCCGCCCGCCACUUUGCGCGCAUGGGGGCCGGCAAGAUCAUUCUUGCUGUGCGCAACCUGGACAAAGGGAACAACGCCAAGGUCGACAUCGAAACUACAACAGGCUGCGCAAACGACGUCAUUCAAGUCUGGCAAGUGGACAUGGCCAGCUACGCCAGCGUGGAAAGCUUUGCCGCCCGUGUCAACGCCGAGUUAGAUCGCGUCGACAUUUUCAUCGCCAACGCCGGCAUCGCCCCCGCGAAAUACGCAAUCGCCGAGGACAACGAAGCCAGCAUCACGGUCAACUUUAUUUCCACAUUUCUACUUGCCGCCCUCGUGGUGCCCAAGCUAAAGAGCACGGCGCGGCUGUACAAUACGAGACCCAUGUUUUCUAUUGUGUCGUCUGAUGUGCACGCGCACACGACACUUCCGCAGAAAUCAGCACCGAAUGGCGAAAUUUUGACGACUGUCAACGACAGGGUUUUUGCGGAGAAGCAUUGGAAUGAACAGUAUCCGGUUUCCAAGCUGCUAGGGGUGUUUUGUGUGCGCGCUCUUGCAGAGAAAUAUCCUGCCUCGACGUUGCCCGUCACAUUCAACUGCGUGAACCCCGGACUGUGCCACUCUGAGCUCGGCCGUGACUUUCCCACGUUGGCAUUUUGGCUCAUAAAACUUGUCUUGGCCCGGUCGACUGAAGUUGGGAGUAGAACAUUGGUUCAUGCAGCAUCUCAGGACGCUGCGUCGCAUGGCCAAUACAUGACGGACUGUGGCACGGGUGCACCAUCUGCAUUUGUUACCAGUGAGGAAGGAAAGGAGGUACAGGCAAGGGUGUGGGACGAGUUGGUUUUAAAGCUGGAAUCCAUAAAGCCGGAUUGCAUGAGUAAUUUUUAA